AUGGUUCAGGUUCAAAUUGCUGAUGGAAUAUUAGAAGGAGAAGUAGUCGAUAAUGAAUAUGGGGGAAAAAUAUACAGCUUUAAAGGUAUUCCAUAUGCACAACCUCCACUGGGAGAUCUAAGAUUUAAGGCUCCUUUGCCACCAAAACCUUGGAGCGGAGUGCGAGAUGCUAAGAAGUUGGGAAACGAAUGUUAUCAUUACGAUAUUUUCUUACAAAAACUCACUCCUGGAAGCGAAGACUGCCUGUACAUCAAUGUGUUCUCGCCGAACAUAACACCCACCAAGCCGCUGCCGGUCAUGCUUUGGAUUCACGGAGGAGGUUUUACAAGCGGAAGCGGUUCCGAUGAGAUGUUCGGACCAGAUUUCUUAAUAAGACAUGACGUUAUUCUUGUCUCGUUUAACUAUAGACUCGAGGUACUCGGCUUCCUUUGCUUGGACACGGAAGACGUACCUGGCAAUGCGGGCAUGAAAGACCAGGUUGCUGCAUUAAGAUGGGUUCAAAAAAAUAUCAGCAACUUUGGGGGAGAUCCUAAUAACGUUACGAUUUUCGGAGAAAGUGCCGGAGGUGCGAGUGUUUCCUUCCACCUUUUGUCACCCAUGAGUAAAGGAUUAUUUAAGAGAGCUAUACCACAAAGUGGACUCGCUAUUGCUCACUGGCCAACAAGCUUUAUGAUCAAAUGUAGAUCGUUGCAGUUGGCUAGAGAAUUGGGGUGCUAUGCAAAAGAUGAGAAGAAAGUGUACGAGUUUCUAAAGGCACAACCUGUUGAAGCACUUGUUAAGAAACAUAUUACACUGACGUAUACGGAAACUAAUAAAGAAGCUCUUUUUGUGCCGUUUAAUAUUACUGCCGAAAAACAAUUUGGAAAUAAUGAAAGGUUCAUGGUAGCUGAGCCUAUCGAAGUAUUACGUGAUUACGGUAUACAUGAAGGAGUGGAUGUUAUGGAAGGCUACACUGAAGACGAGGGAGUUUUAUUUCUAGGGUCCGGUCAAAGCAUCCACAAAAUGUUCACGGAGGCUAAUAAGUACCACGAAUUUUUCGUACCGAGAUCAAUCGUCAUACAUUGUCCACUAAUCGAUCAAAUACAAGUAGGCAAAAUGAUCAAGAAUUACUAUUUUAAAGAUGAGGACAUGUCAAUGGACAACGUGUAUACAUUACAAAAGUAUCUUGGUACAGAAAGCUUUAAAUAUCCUUCAAUUUUAUUCCAAAAGAUUUGUGCAAAAAAAGGAAAAAAUAAAUUUUUCCUGUAUACAUUUACUUGCAAGUCUGAAUUAAAUUUCACCAAACAUCUACUUGGUGUAGCAGAUAUCGUGGGAGAUAGGACUGUAGUCUGUCAUGGCGAUGAACUUAAUUAUAUUUUCAAUACUAUCAUGUUUACUGCAUAUAACAUAAAAGUUGAUGUCAACUCACGACUCUUCAAGUUAAUAGACCAAGUUACAAAACUUUGGACAAAUUUUGCUAAAUAUGGUAAUCCUACACCCGAUGAAAGUCUCGGAGUCAUUUGGAAACCAUAUUCUUUAGAAGGACAGGACUUUUUGGACAUCGGUAAUAAUUUAGUGGCUGGUACUGCACCAGACAAGGAUGAACUGGAAUUCUGGGAAUGUAUCUUCAAGAAAUAUUGUCCGAAGUUUGCUCCUUGAAAUAACAAAAAGAGAUUUUAC